GGAGGAGGCAACAGCCGUAGUGUGCUCCGGGGCUGCUGGAUGCUCCAUGAUGGAUGAGGGAUGACAGAUCGGGGUUAGCCGCCAGGGGAGUCCAUUUUCCUGCAGCGCACAGUCCUAUACCAGGACAGAAAACGAAGGAAGCAAGAUAAGGAGAGCGCAUCAACCGCUCCCCCCUCUCUCUUUUCCUCUUGUUUCACUCUCCCUCCUCUCCAGCGCAUCACAGUCUAGCGGGCUUUACACACUGCCUGCACCGCAUUGCCGCUGCUGCUGCUACUGCUGCCGACCCAACCCAGUGAACUAACACUCAGAUAGAAGCACAACUGGAAAAUAAAUGUUGUGGAGCGUGGGCUUGGAAAUGCAUCAUUCUGCAAUAUUUGCUGACUCCCUUCUGGAUCCGAAAAUCUCAACUCUUUGAAAGCUGACGGAGACACGGCGCUUUUGGGAUAUUUUUGCAGCGGGGUUUGCAGACGCAGCUCAUCAUGAGGAUGGACUAAAGCUGCGCUCGGUGAUAUAACUCCUGGAUCAUGCAGGUUCUGCAGCCUUGGACGUUAGUUAUAAUACUCGCCCAUGCACAUGUGUUGUUAUCCCUGAAAAACAGUAAUGCAGAAGCUGGGAGCCAAGACGACAGUAACAACGGCGGCUACUCUGGGAGGACUUUCCACGGUCCGCCCCGGGAGAGCCGCCAAAACAAAGCCCGAGACCGCGCGCUCUUCCCGGGAUACGCUACAGGUGCGACCCUUAACUCCACUCGACCGUGGAAGAGGGCGGCAGCGGGGGAAACGAGGCGAGCCGGACACGCUAAACGCGACUUCAAUAGGAGCGUGACACCCGUGGAGGAUCCUAGCGGGUUGUCCCACUGGGACGCGACGCGCCACCAUAAUAAGAGGAUAAAGUUGAAUGGUGCAGGGACGCCAGCAGGUGGACACUACAAUGCGGCUAAGCUUCCUUCAAUGGCUCGGGACGACGGAGGAGGGGUGUCGGAGGAGGGGGACAAGCACCAGAGAGGCUCAAAGGCAGGAAAGAGGUGGAGAAACAAGCAGAACAGAAGCGCUGUGGUUAUGCCUCCGUGGGAACCCGUCCCCAAACCGGUGGCUCUCACCUCCACCGACCUCCCGUUUGACAUAUUCACCAGGAGGCCAGAGUUUUUCACCUUCAGGGAGGAGAACCCGUGGGAUGCCACACCGAUCACCCCUCCUGGCUCCCCGAAUUUUGGAGACGAGAUCAAGAACCCGUUCUACCCAGUGACGACCGAAACUUUUGGCGCAUACGCGAUCACAUGCGUAUCCGGCGUAAUUUUCCUGGUGGGCAUAGCGGGCAACAUCGCUAUCCUGUGCAUCGUGUGCCAGAACUACUACAUGAAAAGCAUCUCCAACUCCCUGUUGGCCAACCUGGCCGUGUGGGAUUUUGUGCUCAUCUUCUUCUGCCUCCCCAUGGUGGUUUUCCAUGAGCUCACCAGGUCAUGGCUGUUGGGGGAGUUUACCUGCAGAGUGGUGCCAUACGUGGAGGUUGCCUCCUUGGGUGUGACUACCUUCACCCUUUGCGCACUCUGCAUUGACCGCUUCCGUGCAGCCACAAAUGUUCAGAUGUACUACGAGAUGAUUGAGAACUGCACAUCUACAACAGCCAAGCUGGCAGUCAUCUGGAUCGGUGCCCUCCUUUUGGCCCUCCCAGAGCUUCUCAUUCGACAGCUUGUAGCAGACGAUACAGGGGUCCCGGACGAGCCCCCAGUUGAACGCUGUAUUAUCAGGAUAUCCACAUCCCUUCCUGAUAUGCUCUAUGUGCUUGGCCUGACCUAUGAGGGUGCUCGGCUUUGGUGGUGCUUUGGCUGCUACUUCUGCCUCCCGACUCUCUUCACCAUUGGGUGCUCGCUGGUGACGGCACGUAAGAUUCGGCACGCUGAGCAGGCCAGCGUUCGCAGCAAUAAGAAGCAGAUCAGGCUGGAGAGCCAGAUGAACUGCACAGUCGUGGCUUUGGCAAUCGUGUAUGGUGCAUGUGUGGUGCCCGAAAACAUAUGCAACAUAGUAUCUGCGUACAUGGCGGCUGGUGUUCCAGAGCACACCAUGUCCGUCCUGCAUCUUCUUUCUCAAUUGUUGCUGUUCUGUCGGGCUGCCGUGACACCGGCGCUGCUGCUUCUGCUGUGUCGUCCAUUAGGGAGGGCAUUCCUGGACUGCUGCUGUUGUUGCUGCUGUAACCACGUACCCUCUUCAGCCACAGCCAGUGAUGAUAACGAGCAUGAGUGUACUACUGAACUGGAGCUGUCGCCGUUCAGUACUAUCCGCAGGGAACUGAGUAACUACACACCUGCUGGCUCCAACUGCUGAGCUGACAGCCCUGUUCAGGGAGGGCGAUUUUACUGGCCUGUUUGUGGCUUGUGUUUCUUGUGCGUGGCUAGGAGAGAUUUUGCCUUAUCUAGUCUCCACGCAUUUUGUAAAUGAGCGCACAAAUGAGGUUGGACACCAAAAAUAAAAAUCACCUUUAGCCAACGGCCCACAAGUCUCAAUUUUUUAAAACUCUAACCUUUAUUUUCCAAGAACAGCUAACAAAAACAAAAUAUUUUUCACACUCACAGCCUUGGGUGCUAUUCAAACAAGGACAAUACAUAUUUUUAGCAAUCCUGCCUGAAACCUUUAAAACUCACAAACCUCCACUCUAUAGGGCACUUGUGCCCUAAUGUAAGGAGAAGUUGGCAUGACCCCCUUACCCUUCUGGCCCAGUUGUUCUGGAAUUAUCCUAGAAGCAUAUUUCCAUCACCCACCAAAUUGAUUGAUACCCCUACAAAUUGCAUACACUCAACAACAGUUCAGUUCUGAAACAAAGAACUUUGGAGAUUUUUGUAGCUUACUCUACUUGAAUCACGUUUUCUUGCAUUUCCCAUCUUGAAAAGUUUCUAGGAGAAAUUGCCAUCUAUGUCAUUCGCACUUGAUCAAGCUCCUCAGACUGGAAAAGAAAAUACAAAAAAAAAAAAUCACAUUUAGUAAUGAUUAAUCAUAACCAGGCUUUAGGUCGCACUUCAAAAUCCAAACAGAUGAAUCAGGAGCAAGAAACCAAACAGAGUUAGCAAAUUGUUGAAAAUGCAAACAUUAAAACCAAUAAAUUUAAAAGGUCAAAUCUGUGCACAAAUUUGGCUUUCACUUCAGUCAAAACUUUAAAGCAUCAUAAGACAGAGGAUCCCAGACUUCCUAAAUCAGAUUAUAGCAUUUACUGAUACAGAUUGCAACCCUUUAAUAUAAGACAACAUCUGAAAAGAAAUCCUACUGGAGAUGUUUUCUAUAAAAACCAGUGGAGUAGGCCUGGGGAGUUUCAGUUUGUGCAGUGUCGUCAAGCCUAUGCAGGGAUGCUGAAGCGGGCAUUUCUCCUUUCUGAGGGGCCUCGUCUGUGUGAUGAUGACUGGGUCUUUCAACUGGACAGUGCUGCAGUUGACAACACCCUUUUCACAAAAGACUUCUACCAGGAUAACAACAUUGCUCUUCUUGAGCAUCCUGCAUAUCGAACUAACUUAUGCAGGAAGGGAGCUGAUGCACAGCCUUUUGAGUUUCAAAACUAUUUUCAAUCAUAUGCCUUUUUUAUCUUUCCUCUUGCUCUUGUUUCGCAUUUAAAGUUCAAUUUAUAACCUGAUUGUGAUCAGGGAUUAUGAAAUGUGAAUAGCCAUAACUUUUUUCUCAGUAUUGAAAUUUUGAUCAGGAAUGUCUUUAAAGCAGCAGCAUGUAACUUUUAUAAAAUCUGUUUUGUUUUUGUUUUUAAAAUUUUGUUAAAAACUAUCUCUAUGUGGUGAUAGUAUAAUAUGAGACUAAUAGCCUGAAAACAAAUCUAUUACCUCUACCUUCUCCCUGUGGUCUUCUGAACAAGUACAUCACUCAGUCAGAAACAACCAAUCAGAGCCAAGAGGAGGGUCUUAGCGCUGUUAAUUGCCCUUGUUAAAACUGCUCACAACCUCUCCAUUUUCUCUGCUAAGCUACAGCUGGUUCACCACAACAGAGCCUGAAGAAUGCUUUGGAUACCUACCAUGGUCACCGAUGUCGGCGGAUAAACGGUUUUUCUGGAAAGGAAAGUUGAUUCUCCAUUAUUAGCACAUUAAUGAGCACAUACACAAGAAUGAUUGACAGAACUAAGACACUCCUCCUGGCACUGGUUGGUUGUUUUUGACCGGGGACACUCAAUUCUUCAGACAGUAGUAGUAGUCCAGGCUAGAGUUCAAGGAGCACGAUCUUUUCAAACAUUAUCUCUCUCAUAUUAUACGGUCACAACAUGGUGACAGUUUUAACAAAAAUGUAAGCAACAUAUUUUUGUAAAAGUUAUAUACUUCAGCUUUAAAGGAAGUUGUGGAUUGCUAUUUAAAAGUUCAGUGAUACUCUACUCUGUAUAGAAAAGAGUUAGGUUUAUGUCGAAAAUGCUUUUCUGUUACAUUUACAGGAAUUGUUAGGGUGCUGUGGGUUUACUCUCCUGCUGUUAUCAUAAGUCAUAAUUUAAGGUCAACAUUAAAUUCUGUGUGAAUAUAUGAUGCAGGGGUUUUUACUUUUUUAUCAGGGGUGCCAAUAAAUAUAAAUAAUAAGGCAGUUUGUUAAAAAAAUGUAAACACAAAUGUCAAAUAAUGUUUAUAUACAAAGAAUCCCUGUCACCAUCAACCUGGAAGAAAAUGAUUCCUAAUCUCCUAAAAUUUGUGCCGCUGUUUAUUAACAAGACAAAGAUUAAUUAUUGUGUGCAUUGUGUACAAACUCUCAGAUACAUCGUCCUUCUAAAAGGCCUACACUGCCUACUCAAGUACACAACUGUGUUUACAGACUGAAUCAGUUCAAAUGUACAGUUUCUAUGAUACAGCAGUGCACAUAAGGGAAUGAGGCUUACAAUUAUUUAAAAAGUGGUUCUGAUGGUUUGCAGGAAAAAAAACAAAAAACAAACAGGUGUCUGUACUGGAGAAUUCGGAUGUACACAACGACUUUUAGGACUGUUUUACAAAAAUGUCUGACUGAUCCAGAAGAACUGGAGCUGGUCUCAAAGUACUGAAAAAAUGGAGACAAACAGAACUUAAGGGACUGGAAUGAUUUUAAACAAACAUUUAAUUUGAUUUGAAUUUAGCCUGCAAAUUCAAAUCAAUUUGGUUUACCAUUUUAAAUCCAUACCAUUCUAAAUGGUAUGGAUUCUAAAUGCUUCAAACUGAAUUGAAUAAAGUGAACAUCAAUGGAAUAGUUAUAGCAUUUAGCUAUGACCGACUUGGGACUUUGCUGUAUACUCUUGUAUUGUGUCAUGCCUUACACUUUGGGGGUUGUAUAUAUACUGUACAAUUUCUUUGGUGCUCUUAUGAUAAACGCCCUGUGAACAGCAGACCAAUAUGUUUGACUUGGAACCACAAGUAACCGAGCUGCGUGUGUCGUUUUGGAUCAAAAACACAGGUUAAUUAUUUGUCAUAAAUUCCCUUAAACCUUGAAAAAUAGUUUCCCCACAAUGUUCAAAAGAGCUUACCUUAAUUUGGAGUCACAAUAUUCUACAGUACAGUUAGUAGUGUUCAUUAGGUCUCUUUCUGAGACUGAGACAUUGCAUACUCAAGCAGGUGCAUUUUUUUUUUACAAUAAAAGAUAUUUAAGUAUUGGUUUUAGGAUUAUUAGGGCAAUAAAUAGAAUUUAUAAAACAGAUAAUCUAGAGUUAAAAUAAUACAUUGUGAAUAUGUGAAAAAUAGGGAAGGAUUGUAAAUAUACAAUAAAUAAUGCCUGUAAAAUGUAAAUACAAAAUGUUUUUUCUACCAUAAUUUCAUUUUAUAUUUCUGUACUGUAAGCAUUGUGCUCCGUACAUAGAAGUACUAUUAAAUUAUUUUUUAUUUUAAGUAAUGAUUCGGCCACAUCACCUGUGCUUUAUAUGCACCACAAACACCAAAUAGCUUGAUUAGCCAGGUGUAUGUAGAUUUAUAUUUUAGAUUGGUUGCUUAUUUCUUUCUUGUUACAAUGCGUAAUUACAGAGGAAGGUUUGUUCAUUUCACUUUAAAGUUAAUUACACUUUAAAUGGUGCCACAUUUAUAAGUAAAACAUUUAACCUAUGAAAAACUGGCCAAAUCAUGUACAUCAAUGCCAAACAUUGCAUUUUGUUAUUGUCUUGUUACUAGACACAACACAUUUAAAAGCAGUUUAAUAAUUUCUUCAUGUAACAAAUGGGGACCUCGGUAGUGACAUCAAUUUGACACAUCCUUGGUCAGACACUGGUGUGGGAUAACGUCCCAAUUUUCAACCAGCAUUUGUCACAAAUCAGCCAGAUUGGUGGAUUGUGUUACUCUGGAACAAACAAAACACCCAAGCUGAUGUUCCACGUGUGUUGGAGGUAGUCUGAUAAAUCUUGCUUGUUAAGGGUGACCACUGACACCUUGGAAGACAGAGUUCAAACCUUAUGAGUGGAGAUGAGGGAUUGUGAUGGGUUGUUGGAUCUCAUUGCAUUGAGACAAGCACUGCUUUGGCAGAUGUUGCCACCGACAACUAGAUGAUAAUGUGCACAGCUCAAAAAUGUCGCUACAUUUAAGUGGAAAUUAAUAAGAUAUCUUGUCAAGAAGUACUCGACCAAUCACAAAUAACCUUGUUUUUGUGAGACGUACCCUUUCAAAAACAUAAAUUUUACGUAGCCAGAAAACUUGUUGACCUCAAAUACUCCUUGCAGUUUCAUUACUUGAGCUUUUAAGAUUAACUAAUGAAGCUUUUCACAGGGCAUUUACAUGUGUCUUGUACUGUAAGUCUUUUUCUUGAGUCGACGAAUCAUCCCUGGGUCAAAAUAAGGGUAAAAUCACAAUGUUACUUAUUAAAACCCAAGCAGAUAUUUUUUAAAAAUCCCAUGAAAAUCACAUGUGACUUUCACAUGUGAUCACAUGUGGUUCACACAAAUUUUUACAUGUGAAUGAUGUGAAUCACAUGUGAAAUCACAUG